GCGGCGGCCCCGGGGCUCCCGGCUCCUCCCCGCCUGUGCACUGGAGCGCCGGCGGCCGCGCUGAAUUGUGCACCGCGGGCCGUGCGAGCUGCUGCCUGCGCCCUGAGCUGAACGCGGCCAUGCCCGGGCCCUAGCGCGCUGCCGCAGCCUCUUCAAUGGGCAACCUGCUCGGCGGGGUCAGCUUCCGCGAGCCCACCACCGUGGAGGACUGCGACUCCACCUGGCAGACCGAUUCGGAGCCCGAACCCGAGCCCGAGCAGCCGGGGCCGGCAGGCGGUAGCGAAGGCCAGGAGCACGGCGAACCGGAGCAGCCCGAGCAGCCUCCCGAGAGAGCCGGAGGGCGGCCCCGCGCCAGCCCCGUGCCCGAGGACCACGCCGAGGCGGCGGGCGCUGAGCAGGGUGGUGAUCCCACGGAAGCAGCUGCUAAACCAAAGAGGAGCUUCUAUGCUGCGAGGGAUUUGUACAAAUACCGACAUCAGUACCCACAGAACUUCAAAGAUAUUCGGUAUCAAAAUGACUUGAGCAACCUUCGCUUUUAUAAGAAUAAAAUUCCAUUUAAGCCAGAUGGGGUUUACAUUGAAGAGGUCCUGAGUAAAUGGAAAGGAGACUAUGAGAAGUUGGAGCACAACCAUACCUACAUUCAAUGGCUUUUUCCCCUGAGAGAACAAGGCUUGAACUUUUAUGCUAAAGAAUUAACUACAUAUGAAAUUGAGGAAUUCAAAAAAACAAAGGAAGCAAUCAGAAGAUUCUUCUUGGCUUAUAAAAUGAUGCUGGAAUUCUUUGGGAUAAAGCUGAUUGAUAAAACUGGAAAUGUUGCUCGGGCUGCAAAUUGGCAAGAAAGAUUUCAGCAUCUGAAUGAGUCCCAGCACAACUAUUUAAGAAUUACACGGAUUCUGAAAAGCCUUGGUGAGCUUGGGUAUGAGAGUUUUAAAUCACCUCUCGUAAAAUUCAUUCUCCACGAGGCUCUGGUGGAGAAUACUCUUCCCAACAUCAGGCAGAGUGCUCUGGAGUAUUUCGUGUAUACCAUUAGAGACAGAAGAGAGAGGAGAAAGCUCCUGCGCUUUGCCCAGAAACAUUACACGCCAUCGGAGAAUUUCAUCUGGGGGCCGCCUAAGAAAGAACAGCCGGAGCGAAGCAAAGCCCAGAAGAUGCCUGCUCUGCCCACUUCAGGUUCGAGUAGUCAAACAUCUAUGCACAAGAAAUCCAAGGACUCCAAAAAUUCCUCAGUAGCUGUACAACUAAAUAGCAAAACUGUGGAAGAGAAAAAGGGGGCUCCUAGAGAGGCUGUGGAGGAGACAGAAAAGCCGAGCCCGGAGCCCCGCAGUGAAGAUGGCAAACUGCAAGACACAGAGCCAGACAGUGCUGCUGAAGAAUCAAACCCUCCUCCACCUGAGAAAACAGUUACUGAGACCGCAGGGAAAGGGGAAUGUCCAACUUCUUCUGAAAACAUUGAAGACAGGGAAAACCAGAGCCAAGACUCGGAAAAUCCUGAAAACACCAGUUGCCACGAUGAGGUAGUGUCACAGUAAAUGUCCAAACUCACAAACCAGUUCCGGUUGAGAGCGUAAAAAACUCCUGUCUAAUUUACCCUGAGGAACAGAGAUGAGGUCACGUUUAAAAUGUUAGCCAUCUGUGAAUUUUGUUGUAAACCCUUUGUUCUCCUUUUUUUAUUUUGGAUGACAAUGAAAUUGGAUAUUUAAUAAGAAGUUUUUAAGACCAGAUCCAAUAAAAGAAUAUAUUUAGGAUGUGUUUUUCCAAAUUCUGUAUGUAACAGUUACUUUAAAACUAUUAUCAAGUCAUCUAGAACUAACCAAGUAGCAUUUUGUAUUCAGCCUGUUGUCUUGAGAGAUUCAUGUAGAAAUCAGGACCCUCUCGUGAUGUGGUCUUACCAGACUUUUAAAUUCAUUUUGAAACUGGAAGGAUGAGUAGGUUUUCUCGAAUGUAUCCAGAAAGUUAACUGGAUUCUUUGAUUGCAGCUCCUUGGUGUUCUUAGCUUUGGGUUUUGCAGUGGCAGUAUGUGCCGCUUGUCUGUGAGCCUGCCUCUGCUCCGUCUUUGUCAGCAUCCAUAGGAGUUUUCCAGCACAUGUUCAUUGACAGUGUGUCAAUGGGGAGAGGGAAAUUUUUAAUAGUCUGAUUUCAAGAUUUUUUUAAUGUUUAGAAUAAUAAAAAUAUUUUCAGUAUUAAGUGUUUAGAAAGGACGUGUAUGUGUGUAUGUGUGUGUGUGUGUAUGUAAAUACAGAACAAAAAUAGACUGUUUUUUUUGUGGCUGUUAUAUAUAAAACUGGUGGUUGAUUAGAAAGGACUACACUCACUGAGGAGUGUUUUAAAAAAAUCACAAAAAUGUUUUCUAAAGAUGUCUCCUCACACUGUCAAUGAACAUUUUUGCCCUUUGAGCCAUUCAUGUAGCAAUGCCAUGAGCACUGUGGGAUUGCCUGUGUCACUCAUCCACAAUGUUUGUGUAUGUGGGUAGCAUUGUGGGAUUGCCAGUGUCACUCGUCCACAGUGUCUGUGUGUGUGUGUGUGUGUAUGUUCAUCUGUAGUUUGUCAUUUUGGAUCUGAGAACAGUUUGCAAUUCCAUACAUUCACUUUUAGUAAGAACUAGUAUAUUACAGCGCAUUGGCUAACAGUCUUGUUUUGUACAGUUGUUGCUAAUUACUGCAGACCCGAAGACAAUCGGAAACACUGUGAUGGGAACUCCAAAACAUUCAUACAAACACAAACAAAGCAAUGAACAGAGAAUAUUUUUACUGUUUUUUUAUUUAGCAAGGAAUUGACUUUAUAAAAUCUCUCUUUGGCUUUUAAGAAAAGUCCUAUGGGCUUUCCCCGCCUCUCUCCUACCCCAAGGAAUUUUUACUGUUUCCCCUUUCAUACCACAUCACAUAAUCAUCUUGUUGGCUUUUUCCACCCACAGUUUUAGUGGUGAUUCCUACAAAAUACUCUCACCAAUCUCAUGCUUUUAGAAAUAAGAUUUUAUUGUUUUUAAGUUUACACAACACAGCCCAGUUGCUUAUCCUGGAUUUUGUGUGUAUGUGCGUGUGUGAGAGAGAGAAAGAGAGUAUGCUGCAUAUGUGUGUGUGUGUGCAUGUAUGCACACGUGCGUGCAUGCAUCAUGGUGGCACUGGUGUUGUGUAUCCAUCCCAGUGAGUAAGAUAUGAAACACUUCAGCAUUUAGUUACUGCAAUUCUACAGCUUUAGCUUGUUGAGUUUACACAGGGUUCAGGAAGGAAAGAGGACUACUAAAUUAGGCAAAAUUGUAGGGCUGUGAUCGGUUUAAUUCAAAAUAUCUUAAUUUUGAACACACAAUGAAGCAUUCAGACCACUUUAAGUGUAUUUAGUAUAAAAACCAUGGGAUCUGGGGGACUAGAGAGAUGAAUCUUCCAGGGUUCAGUUCCCAACACCUACACUAGGUGGUUGGUUCACAACUACCUCUAGUACCAAGGGAUCUGAGUCCUUGUUCUGGCUUCCAGGGGAACUCCAUACAUGCAGUGCCCAGACAUACAUAUACACAUACACAUAAAUGAGGUUGGUUUUUUUAAAAAAUAAAUAAAUAAACAUGGGCCAGAUGCUAAAAUAUUUUUUAAAUACAAGAUACCAAGAACUAAAAUUAAUACAAUCUGAAUCACAUAGAAAUUAUGGUAUACCAGAACCCUUAGAAAUGAAAACAUUUAACAAUUUAGAGUUUCGACUAUUAUUUCUUAUUAAUGAUUAUGUUGGCUUGUGCUAUUUAAUUUGAGAAUAUUGAGUCUCAAGAGGAGAACUCCCUGGCUUCCAUCUAAAAUAGUGGCCUUUUCUCAGCGAUGGUUAUUUAAACUGCAUAUUCAUAAAGUGGCCAUGUUUCCUACAUUUCAUCUGUAAAUAACAAAGAGAAUAACUCAGUGAAGAACGAGUUAAAGGAAGUCAUUCCUUUUGCUGAUAAAAAUUGAGCGUCUCAAUUUUUUUCUAUUAAAAGCACUUUGUACAUUUAAUAGUUUUUUAACAUAAGAUCUAUAGGUGAUGUAUUUCUCUGUGUGUUAGAUAUCAAACAGCCCUCUGAAUUUGACUUCUAUGUUUUGUGUUUUUCAAACUACCAUAUGCUUACAGAAAUUUACUAAAAAGCUGUUCCAGAAAAUGCUAUGUAGCAUGGACAAGUAGCUAGAUACCUUGCUGAGCUUCCACAGGUGUUCUCAUACGGGCUUUGUUGUACCAUGGGCUGUAAGGACGCUAAGUGUGGCUAUUGAUAAAAUUACAUAGACGUUGUAUUGCUUGAUUAGCCUUGUGCAUUUCUGAUAUUUUUUUGCUCUCAUAUUUCAGAGGAGAAAAUAUAUGUGAAGAUAUUUUGAGAUACUGUAAAGCGACAAAUAGUUAUAUAUUUCUGUAUGGUGGAGAUGUUUCUGACAUUAAAGAUUAUUGUAUCGUUCUGCAUUUUGAGCUUAUUCUCACAGGAAAUUCUAAAUAAUCAUGGUAGGCCUAAAACAAAUCUAUGUGCUUCCUCUAAAUUAAGUCUAGUUGUUGACUUCUAAAAUUAUAGUGUGUAGUUUUAUUUUGUUUUAGGUUUUGAGGCUAUAUCUUUCAGUUUUAAGGAGAGAAGGUGUAUAACUAAGAAAGUUCUCAGGGUUUUUCUUUUUUCUUUCUUUCUCUCUCUCUCUUGUUCUUGGCGUUACAUAUAUAAAUACAUGAAGAUGUAAUAAAAACUGUCACAGCCGUGAUGCUUUA